AUGGAACGCGGUCCGGUGUGGAGGGUCCUGCUGGCGCUCGCGUUGCUGGACAUGAGCUCGGGGGCCCCCGGGGGGUCCGAGGGCCCCGGGGCGCCCGGGUGGGUGUACGAGGUCCACAUGGAGCAGGUGAGCUUCGACAAGGCGGUGGAGGGCUGCUCUGGUGGGGGCCGUCUGGCCGAGCUCCCCUCGGAGCAGGAGGUGUCGGAGGUACUGCUGCGGCUGGAGGACAAGCUGCGGGGGUCCGCCGACGCCCAGACCUUCUGGGUGGGCCUGAGGAGGACCAAGGGCGAGUGUGUGAUCCCCCACCUCCCCCUCCGGGGCUUCAGCUGGCGGUCGGACGGCGGGCACCACUGGGCGGGGCCGGGGCGCUGGUGGGAGGAGCCCGAGGAGACGUGCAUCGUUCGCUGCGCGGCGCUGAAGGCCCAGGCCAACGGGACGGGUCUGGGCCGCUGGGGGCUGCUGGCCCGGCCCUGCGGGCGCCCCCACGCCUUCAUCUGCCAGCGGGCGCGCCGACACGCGGACCCCCCGCUGACGAGCCCCACCCCCACCCCCACCACCCACUCCACCAGCAUCCUCACCCCCACGACUAGACCGGGACCGGGACCGGGACCGGACACAAAACCAGAACCUACCCCGAAGCCGGAGGCCGAACCACGACCACCGCCAGGAGCAGAGCAAGACCCCAAACCAGAGUCUAAACCGGACCCGCCUGGACCAGGACCCCCGCCGCCCGCCAAGGUGCCCGGGACCAAGCCCUGCCCCAUGCCCAAGCUCACCUGGGCCCGCUCGCUUAGGCCCGAGCCCGGGGACCCGGGGCUGCUGACGCUGGAGUGCUGGUCCGGGGCCCAGCCCCGGGUCCACUGCUCGGACGGACGCUGGGAGUACCUCGGCUCGGCCCUGGACCCGGCCGUCGUCUGUCCUGUGAGCCGGAGCACCGCCCCCCCCCCUCCUCCUCCUCCUCCUCCUCCUCCCCCCUCUCCGAGCGAGGCCGGCCAGGUGGAGGUGCAGGAGGGCGGCUGGGCGGGGCUCAUGGUCCCCGUGCUGGUGGCCGUGGCCUUGCUGGUGCUGCUGGUGGUGCUGGUGGCGGUGGCGGUGUGGUGCUGCCUGGCCCGGCGCUCCAAGGACCGCGCGGUCCGGAAGGCCGAGAAGAUGGCGAUGGAGAACAAGGAGGCGGGCGGCAAGGACUCCAUGGAGACGACCAAUGAGAAGGAGAGACGAUGAUUCAGCCUCGCCGUGAUUGGCUGUUGGGUCCUAGCGCUCCGUAGCCCGUACUGUGAACGAGGGUUAGGGUGGUUAGGCCGGGGCUGGUCAGGGGUACAGCCUGGCUGGAUGGGCUGGUUAUGUUAUGUCAGGUAAGAAUAGGUUGGGUUAGGGUUAACUUGGUUCAGGUUAAGAUAAGAUUAGGAUAUUUAAUGUUGGGCUAGGUUAGUUUGGGUUAGGGUAAGAUUAUGUUAGGU